AUGGUCCAGUCCCGCUCAGGCCGUGAUCACCCACUUGCAAAGGGCGGCUCAUUAUUCGAAGAAACACCGACCAAUCCUCCUCCAUCGCAUACAGCGGCUAUUUUUGUAGCCGCCCUCGCUCUUGGUACCGCAGCAUACGCCAGCGCAGGCUUCAUUAACUCUGGAAUCGACAGACUACUGAGCUCUCCUGUAAUACCAAUCGCAGAUGUACCGUCACAUACUUCGAACAAUAUCGUAAACUUGGGAUAUGCAUCUUAUCGUGGUCUAAGAAACGAAACUGUCCCUAGCGUUGUUUCCUGGCUAGGAGUUCCCUACGCCCAACCCCCCCGUCGGUUCAGGGCUGCGCAACCGUUGGACGAGACUCCGCGUGAGCACAAUUUGAAGGACUUGGUUCGAUACCCACCCUUUUGUGUGCAAGGAUGGGCUCCAUGGGCAGGUGCGGAAGAUCGCGGGGGUGCAGGAUCUGAGGAUUGCUUGUUCUUGAAUAUUUAUGCCCCAAACAUCGCGACCAAUACGAGUUCACUUCCGGUUUUGGUGUACAUACAUGGAGGAGGAUAUCAUAAUGGAAACCCACGUGCUUGGCCAUUCGAUAAUUGGGUUGAACGUUCCUCGACUCCGUUUGUAGCGGUAAGCGUUUACUACCGCCUCUCAUCACUUGGAUUCUUGGCAGCACCCGAAGGACCAGAUAAGGGACCCCGAGCUUCUCUGAACGCUGGAUUACACGACCAAAGAAUGGCUCUUCGUUUUAUCCAGCGACAUAUUCACUCAUUUGGUGGGGAUCCCAAGAGAGUUACCAUUAUGGGCCAAAGCGCCGGAGCUGGGAGCGUAGGGUCCCAUAUUGUUGCGCAAAAUGAGAACCCGGAUGAGCAACUCUUCCAUCGUGCUAUUCUACAGAGCUGGUACCGUGCACCUCUCUUGAAUCCGGCCGGGCGUAAAACCGUAUGGAAUUAUCUGAUCAACCGAGUUGGAUGCUCUCAUUGGUCAUGGGGCUUAUCUCGCACACUUCAAUGCCUUCGCGAGGUUGAUCAUGUGAAGCUCAUUCAAGCUGCCGACGAAGGGAUGGCCAAACAUCCUACUCACGACAGCGUCCUCAGCCAUGCAACCUUCUCUGAGCUAGCAAAAGCGACGUACCCAAAGCUGUCUUCCGCCGAUAUUCGUAUGCUGGAGAAUACAUACAGUCAAACAGACAUCGCUCCGGAAGAUAUUCCAGAGGUGGCAAUGUCAGAGGCUAUGUUCCGAUGCAGUUCACAUUUUAUUGGAAACAAGCAAGGCCCACGAGUAUAUGCGUAUCGAUUUGACGAACCAGAUCCGGUAAAUUAUGAACGCGCAGGUCAUUCUGCAGAUAACUACAUAAUGUUCGAAGGAACGAGAACUGGGUCUAACGGGAGCGUCACAUUCAACCCUCUUACACCAUCUCAGCGAGUGCUGUCUGAUGAAUUAAUAUCUUACUUUGUAAAAUUUGCAGCGACUGGCAAUCCCAACGCACCACAUUCAAUGACUGACAACGUGCAAGCGACCUUGGCACACGCAUCAGACGCACAAGAGCAUAUAUCCCCUAUUUGGCCGACGUACGAUACUGGGAAACGAAUCGUUUUUCGUGCUCCUGAAGGUGGAACGGGAACGAGCAGAGGUGUUCCCGGAGCUACCCAUAUUGAAGAGUUUGAUGAGAACGAGAUUGAGAGGUGCAAAGUUUGGGAGAGCCUGACAGAGGCUAUUCAGAUUUAA